GUGGGGACUAUCCUGGAUAUACGUAAUUGUUACGUAGGGUUUGUAAAAUAGAUUAGCUGCAUUAAAAGAUGUCCGGAGAUCAGAAGACCGUGAUUAAAGGAGCACCUAGUCAAUAUGUCAAACUCAAUGUCGGAGGUUCUCUUCAUUAUACCACUAUUGGUACUUUGACCAAACACGACAGCAUGUUAAGAGCCAUGUUCAGUGGAAGAUUAGAAGUAUUGACUGAUUCCGAAGGAUGGAUUUUGAUUGAUCGUUGUGGUAAGCAUUUUGGAACAAUUCUGAAUUUUUUGCGAGAUGGCUCUGUUUCUCUUCCCGAAUCAACUCGUGAAGUUGCAGAAUUAUUAGCUGAAGCAAAGUAUUAUUUGAUUCAAGAGCUCAUAGAAAGUUGUGAGUCAGCUCUGAGAAAACAUGAUAUGGAAGCAGUACCAAUAUGUCGUGUGCCAUUAAUAACAUCAUCAAAGGAGGAACAAAAUCUUAUUAGUGUGUCAACAAAGCCAGUAGUUAAGUUGUUAAUAAAUCGUCAUAACAACAAAUAUUCGUACACAAGUACAUCGGACGAUAAUCUUCUGAAGAAUUUGGAAUUAUUCGAUAAAUUAUCGCUCAGAUUUAGUGGUCGAGUAUUGUUUAUUAAAGACGUCAUCGGAAGCAACGAAAUCUGCUGUUGGUCGUUCUACGGUCACGGCAGAAAAGUCGCAGAAGUCUGUUGUACGUCCAUCGUCUACGCCACCGACAAAAAACAUACUAAAGUGGAGUUUCCCGAAGCAAGAAUAUACGAAGAAACUCUAAAUAUUCUUUUGUACGAAAAUCGGACCGGUCCCGACAUGGAACUAAUGCAGGCCACCAGCACGAGAUGCGCGGUUAGCAUUUCUACGACAACGUACACCAGCGAUGACGAAGAGGAUCGAAGGACGCCCGGAACCAGUACUCGAGAGGGAAGAGAAGCCUCUCAUUUGGGACGGAUCAGAAGCACCAAGCAGACUAAUUGAUCCCUUUGCCCCCUGUCCGUUACUGUGAUUUCGUAUUGCUCAAGAAAGUUUCCUCUCGGAAUGCGGAAACUCUUUAAAUUGUACACAACGCAUUUGACCAAAGAAGAGAAGUUCGUCCGUAUCUGUAAAUAAUUUUAUCCUUUAGCUUGACAAAUAAUUCUUUCGAACAAAAAUGUUCCGCCGGUGAUUCGUGUUCGUCGUAUUUCCGUGGUAAAAUUAUUCCGUGAUGAAUUUUGUGCUAAAAAUUAACACCCAUUAAAUUAUUUGUUUCUAAAUGUAAAGUGUAAAAAAAAAAUUGUAUAAAACAAAAUCGUGUGCAAUGAUAAUUUUAAAUGUGCAGUGAUUUGUGAAAUAAACGAAAAGCUGUUGCUUGUGAAAAUUUACAUAUCGAAAAA